AUGAAUAAUAAAUGUGAACAAUAUUGGCCAUUAGAUUUGAAUCAUGCUGAAAUAUUUGGUGAUAUUUCUGUAUGUGUCACUGCAUGUGUUAAUGUGACUGCUUAUGAAUUACGUUAUAUUGAAUUAAAAAAGAAUGAUGGAAUUCGUACAAUAAAACAUUAUGCAUUUAAAAUGUGGGAUGAUCAUACAAUACCAACAAAUAGUAAUAUACUUAUUAAUUUUAUUCGUUUAAUUCGUUCGGAAUGUCAUCCAGAAGAUUAUGGACCAUUAUUAGUACAUUGUAGUGCUGGUGUUGGUCGUAGUGGAACAUUUAUUGCACUUGAUUGUUUAUUACAACAAUUUGAUAAAUUAUCAUUUACUGGUUAUUUAGAUAUUUAUGGAACUAUAUUUAAUAUGAGACAAUGUAGAGAUAAAAUGGUUCAAAAUGAGCAUCAAUAUUUAUUUAUCUAUCGAUGUUUAAAAGAAGAAUAUGAAAAAACAUCAGGCAAAACUAAUUAUACUACAAUUGCUGAUGAUCCUGUGUGA